UCUUUCUACACACCUCCAUUUUACCAACCCGCGAUUCAUCGCAUGUGUCCCUCUCAGUAACCACACGCGAUGCUUAUCGAUGGUGAGAAGUGGGCUUGUGAAGCUUGCGUCCGGGGUCACCGGGUCAGCAGCUGUCACCACAGCGACCGCCCUUUGACCCACAUCAAUAAAAAAGGCCGCCCAGUCUCUCAAUGUACUCACUGCCGCGGCCUACGCAAGUCUCGAACGACCCACGUCAAAUGCGACUGCGGCGACAAGAAAAAGAAAUCCGACGACUGCCAUGGUGACAAGCGAGAUCCGAAAGACUCUCUCCACCGUUGUGGCUGCAGUCAUGGCCAGCGCUGUACUUGUGCGCUGAAGAAGGAACACCUGGAUCCCGUUCCUGAGACCGGUCUGCCUUUGGCUCAGCCGUCGAUUCCUGCUGAACAUCCGCGGAAACCCCAUCUUACUUCGACCAAGUCCGAGUCGAUGUUGACCAUUUUCCGCGACGGUCACCACAAACCCGCCCACAAGCAUAAUGACAUGGCCCACAAGUGCGGGUUGCCCUACACAAUCCCACGAUCACAUACCAUUCACCACCCCUCCGACGUGCCCCGCCGCUCCGUCGACCACCUCCCUUUGACGUCUGCAUUUGUCCAGGAACCUCGUAGCCUCAUGGACUCGUGUCCUCAGUCGCAGCAGACCUCGCAAGAGAGCUCACCCGACAGUGCGUCUGUUGCGUGUGCUGACGACGUGCACACCUCCACUUCUCUUGACCCAUCCUUCUUGGACCAAUUUGCGGCGCAUACUCUCCCGCCCUCCGCAAUGGAUAAGAAACCGACGGACGGUUCCUCGAACCCGACGUCGGCCCCCGCCACCAUGGACAAGUUCCCCCUGGAGCAAAUCAUUACUAGCGUGCCCCCUCUCGAUGUCUCGUCCUAUACUUCCUUCCCGGCUACAUCGUCCAACUCGCCGAUAACAUGCAUGGCCUUCCAAGACCAGUACCAAGAAAACUACUUCGCGUCCCCCGAUUCCGAUGUGCCUCUUGGGUCUGCCGGUAUGGGUGCACCGUCGGUCGAUUGGUCGAGCUUCCCGUUGUACUCGGACGUUCCCGCGUCCACCAGCACGCAAACUCCGUCAUACGCCAGUUUCGACUACAACUCGUACCCCUCAGGCCUGCCACCCCCGUCGUCCUCCGGCGACAUCUCCGAGGCUGACGAGUUUGGUCCCCUGCCGGGUUUGGGACACACUGGUAGCAACGACCAUCACGAUCUCCACAGUGUGAGCGAAGCUUCCGACAUGGACCAGCUCCGCGCCAGUUCCGCCUCCUCACUGGUCGGUCUGCCUCAGACGCAGCUGCUUUCAUCGAAUGACCUCGAGUCGAUCAACAUCGAUGACUUCCUCAAAUCCGCCAAUGAGUCCACGGCCGCGCUCGAGCAUCAACUGCAAGCCAGCAUGGGGGUCGAAUCGAAACCGGUCCCUGCGCAGGACAUGUACUCCAUGUCCCAGUCACAGGACUCGGUGCCCAUCUGGCCGGCGGGCCUUUUCGACUCUGCCUCCACUCCACCCAUGGACGAGAACUACUUUCACCAGCCGUGGGCACAAUAG